AUGGCUCCGGCCGUCGAAUCCUCCUCUCCCUUCUCCAGGUCUCAAUCCAGCCCAGACCUGGGGCUUCUCUCACUAUCUUCUCUCGAAAAACCUUCUUCCUCAACAUCAACAUCAACGACGCCGACACCGCAGCGCGAGAAGAUUCCCGAUUCCAAAUCAUUACCCAACUUUGACCUUCCCACCUUCAAUGUUGAUUUCGAUCUCGAUACCAGCCUUGAUACGACCGUUUUCCAGCCCGAGGAGCAACAGGCUGAGACGAAAGCGCCACCACCACCAACAAUCGUUGAAACAAAAGAGGCGCCUGAAGAACUUUCGCGAUUCAGACACGCCAGAAAAAGAACAAGCUCGCUCAUCGAUACUCGAGGCUGGCUCCAAAGCUCUAAAAGCACGUCGGAUCUUCACAACCUUCGCGAAGACCCUCCUCGACCGACAACAUCGGCAGGAGACAAGAAAUUUGGCGAUGGAUCGAUUGGAAAUCUGAAACCAACAGACAAGCCCCUGACGAAAUCCGAGUCUUUUGUCAACUUCGCCAAACGCUCAUGGAGACCUUCUCGCUCCCCUUCGCCUAUGAAGAAUGCCGACUCUACCAAAGAAGAUGAGGAGUCUGGGCGCAGCCGAUCCGAGAGCACAACAUCAAUGAAGUUGACAAAGACUCGCAAACGCCCUGGUUUGACCGUCGAUCAAGUGGAUAAGAAUAAGUCGAGCGACUCGCUUAAAUCUGGUGCCCCUAAAGCCUUCUCCCGAGCGAGCAGCUACUUUUCGAAGCUCAAACAGAAACAAGCGGGCUUGUCCAAGCUCAAUACGAACACCGACUCCGACAACAGCUGUGCUUCUUCGGCCACAAGCCUCGCGCCACCAGCUUCGACAACCGCAGAAGACCACACACCGCAAUCUUCAGCCUACGAUACCACAUCCGCUACGACUGUUACUGAUGAGUCUUCUGUUGAGAUGCCGCCUCAGCAGAGAGACGUGCUGUGGUCGUCUUUCAAAGCGAUCGACGAGGAUUUUAAGGGGUUCCUUGCCAAGAGCACCGCCCAGCGAAUGUCGCAGGUUCAGACACAACUCUUGCCGUUCCUCCGGAGUACCAUGAACCACGAAUCAACAAAGAAGCUUUGCGCUGAAGAUGUUGACCGAAGAGCAACAAUUCUGAAUAAGUGGUGGAUUUCGAUCUUGGAGAUGCUGGAUGGUCAAGCUCCCCAACCUGUCCCCGGUGUCGACCGCCCGGUAUUGUUCGACGCGGCAACGCUCCUUAUGAUGCGCCUCGAAUGGCGACAAGCUACUUCCUAUUUCUUACCACUUUCCAACCGAUCGCCAGCUGAGCGAGUUCGAGCCCGAUCCAUGACUAACUCGUCCAACUCGUCUAUUACGUCUAGUCAAGCAGCAUUCCUCGAAGAGUCGGCCGAGCAUAACGUUAGAACUAUGUUUGUUACCAACCUGGUAAAACAGAUGGGUUUUAUAGUCGAUAAGCUCUCGCUUCGUCAUACACCCGCCAGCCUGGUCAACUUCGCAGGAAAGGCCUGCGCAUACGCCUUCUUCUUUGCGCCUGGUGUUGCCGACAUUCUGAUUAGGCUAUGGGGUCUUUCUCCUGAGUUGAUUAGACGCGUUGCCGAUGAGCUUGGUUUGCCACGGAAAAACAAGGGUGAGAGCGAUGAUAUUGCAGCUUUGUUUCCUCCAACCAUUGGCGUAUUUGCCUGGACCUCACCAAAGGGUAUGUGGGAUAGCCUUAAGAAGGUUCCCAGACUGCCUAUGCUGGUGUCUCGAAUCCCGUGGACAGGUCCCUGGGCGGCUCGCUGGAAAGGUCGCGAUACGGAUGUCUUUUUCAUUUUCCUCAAGUAUUUCCACAUCCUGUCGGAACAGUUCAUGCCCCCCGGGCUGCCUCUCCUAGAAAAAUCAAGGUCUCCCGGGUUCGCUCUUGUUCAGGCACAGCUUCUGUACGUGCUGGACACAACCAUCCACCGCCAAGCCCCCACGGAUGGUGGAUUCAACCCCGCUGCCAUGGAUGGCAUGUCAGGUGCCGAUGCCGCAAUGGCUCUUCCUCUUCCUAUGAGCAAUGUUAUGAGGGGCAUGGCCGAGAACCGAUGCAUCAUGUUGCUGAAAGACUAUCUCUCGGACGACUCCCUUGACAUCGCUGGCGCUCGACACACGUUUGCGGAAACCUUCGCCACCAUGAUGAAGGCAGCAACCCGAAAAGUUUCAAUGUACAACCAUCCUGCCUGUUUCACCCUGUGCGACUUUUUGGAGGAAGUUCUCGUACUCUACAGCGAAUUCGAGGACCCAGAUAGUUCUGACAGCUAUCUCGACUGGCCAUUUUGGUUUGAUGUUUGCCAAAAGGUCAUGGGCUCUUUCAACACCAUGUCGGAAAUUCGAAUGUUGGCCCUGAUUUAUUCGAUAUGGGACGCCAUCUCAAGAGACCCUGUGCGCAAGUUGGCAAUCUGUAAGGAUUGGCUGCUUACUGAAGAAACUUUCAAUGAGUUCUUCAACCACUGGUGCCCCAUGGUUCGGGCUUACUACCAGCGUUUGCUGUGUUGGCGAAUGUGCCGAGACUCAGGAACGUUGGAUGAGGUUGAUGGUCAAAUCUUCGUUCUUGUAGCUGAGCGACUCCAGACAACAUGGUCUCACUAUCUGCAUAUCAAGCACGCUGCCGAACAAGAAGAACGGAUUGCACCCUCGACUGCCCCGGUAAACCCAGCACCUGGAAAACGCUUCAUGAUUAUUCGCCAGGAAAUCAAUGUACCUCAGCCUGGCUUGUAUAUGGGCAGUUUUGACUCUUUCGCCAAGCUUCCUAAUAGCGAGAAUAGCGUUCUCAACGGCCUGCCGCCUGACUCGUCAAGGCAGGACGGUAGAAAACGAUGGUCGCUACUGGGCAAAGUACUUUCUCUCGGUGGCAACGCAAACUCUGGGUGGGACGAUGACUUCCAAACCGUUCGUCGUGAGACGGCAGAGUCUCGUGCCUCAACAUCGAACAGACCUACCACCAACAACCACAAGCCCCGCGCGUCUGAGGAUGACUCCUUGUACUCCCAGCCCACCUACGAGGAGCCGAAGUAUAUUUUCAAGUUUGUUCUUGCUUGGCAACAACAGGCAGGGCCCCUCCGAGAGCGCUUUCUGACUCGCCCUCGACUUCCUGGCCCAGCACAGACCCGCAUCAGCGGGCCGUUACGAGUCAACGGCUUUACUGUACCUACUGGAUAUUCGGCACCCACACGCAAGUUCUCAGGCAGUCCUCAGCAGGGUCUCAUCGACAAUGCUAAGAAUGCGAGCAUGCUGAACUCGGCCAUCGAGCAAAGUGGCCCCCCAAGACUUGAACUCACGCUCUCAGGCUCGAGCGACGAGUCUGAUAGCCCCCCCAACCCCAAGAGCAGCCCAUCACCGUCACCAUCACCGUCACCUGCACCGUCGCAACCUCAUUCGCAGUCAACAUCACCAUCGCCAUCACCUAAUCCCAACGCGGGUUUGCAAACUGAUGGUGCGGUGCAGCCUGUGAAACCUGCUGGCCUUUACGUUAAGAACUCGGUAUAUGCUGGAAGAGCACUCUCCGAGUGGGCACAAGUCGUUUUCGAAUGCAAUAACUUCGUCGAGCGCCGCCGCGAUGAAGGGAUGGAAAAUCUUUGUGACGUGGAAAUCCCCAUUCUCGGAGUCGAGGGUUUCCGCAAGGUCGGAGGCUAA